AUGCCCGAGCACGCCGUAGUUAACAGGGCACGGCGGUUACGCCCCCUGCUCCCCUCAACGGGCUCCCGACUGGCACCGGCACCACCGCCAACGCUGCCUUCGAGGCCUCAUUCUGCCGCCGCCGCUUGCACAGAGUGUCGUAAGCACAAGACCAAGUGCUCCGCCGAACGGCCAGCAUGUCGUCGGUGUGUCCAACGACGGAUGGAAUGCCAUUACACCACGCAACCGGGGGAGAGACAGUCCCAGGCUCUCAAAAGAGCCUACAGCCACUUGCAGUACCAAGCUACUGCGCACGAAGAACUAUUUGAGCUUUUGAAGACGGUGCCAACCCAGGAGGCCCACGACAUAUUGAACAGAAUCAGACAUGGAACUGAUGUCGUCACCAUUCUCAACCAUGUGCGGGCUGGGGAUGUCUUGGUUCAAAUGGCUGUUGAGCCCGAGACUCGCUUUCGAUAUGAAUUCCCGUACAAAUCGGAACUCCCCCAAGAUUAUGUGCAACACAAUCCUUAUCUAGAUUCCAUCAUCUUCGAGGCAACCUCACUCUAUGCCACAGGCCAGGACUCGACACCUUCCGCAUCCUCCACCACUAACUCUGCUCCCAAUUCAGCAUCUGGCGCAUACGAGAGCCUCUAUUUAAAGCCGUUUCAUGCGUCUGAGGUUAUCGAGCCCCAGCUCUCCAAGGCGAAAAUAUCGUGGUGGACCGCGGUUUGCCAGGACGAUGUUCUCAUGAGAGACUUGCUUCGCGUCUUCUUUCGCUGCGAAUACCACUUCGCUGCCGCAUUUCAAAAGGACUUAUUUCUACAAGACUUGGCCGCAAGACGACAGGACUUUUGCUCAGCUCUACUCGUCAACAUUAUGCUUGCGUACUCUUGCGUCUGCUACCCACGGUUCUCGAAUCGCGCCGAGUACUGGAAUCCCAAUACGCUCGCCUAUCGCUUUCUGGCUGAGGCGAAACGUAUAUGGGAGUUGGAAGCCACCGAAGCACGCAUCACCACUAUACAGGCCGGUAUACUCUUCAAUGUCUUCCAUAACCUCUGCGGGUUAGACGAGAUAGGACAGGCCUAUAGAAUCCAGGCCAUUAAGUUGGCUCACCAACUUCGUCUAUUCGACAGCAGCGUGUAUAUGCACGAUCACAGAAUGAGGAAUGGCAGGGCAUUCGCCGCAUGGAGCUUGUUUAAUUGGGAAACGCUUGUUGGAUUUUCAUUUCUGUUUCCUCCACUUUUGAAAACGCCCCCUGACUGGCCACUGCCAGAUCCUUCAAAAGAAACGGGAUUUUACGGCGAGGUCUGGGUCAGGUAUCCGUUAACCCGUAGCCUUUCCCCAUCCUCCUUUGGUCCAGUCUUCAAGGCGAGAAGCGAGUUUCGCAUUAUCAUGAACGCAUAUUGUCAAGCAGCCUUUUCGGAAGGCUCGCAGGUAACCGUCGAGAAAGCCAACGGGUUUCUUUCGCGACUGAGAUGCUGGUAUGACGGCCUACCGGCACCGCUCCAACCAAAGACAAUCGUUUUGCCUGGACACCUACAACUUCACAUGUACUACCAUCACCUCAUACUCACCAUCUAUGAACCGCUACUUGAUGUAGCAACAGAAGGAGAACCAACGCCACAACAGAUUGUCGACGACGCCAGAAAACACCUCCAGACCCUUGUCCGGCUCUACUAUCUCCGCCAUGGUUUUGAGGCCAUGGACCUGUUCAUCGUCGUACCACUCAUGCUUGCAGGGUACGAGUGCAUCGACGCUAUUGGCGAGCAAGCAACCGGACCUCGACUUGAAGCCCUGCGAUCGACUUUGAUUCUCAUUGCAAAGGGGCUCUAUAACCAGCGCCGCAACCAUUACUUGGCCGAGGCUUUGUUUCGGGUCAUUCGCGGACGGAUGCGGCAGGAAGAGCUUUCCUUGUUGAAAACCACAGUGAGGCUGGAUGAGGACGAAGAAGAUGAGAGGAGGCAUAUGGCACAGGCUGUGCGGAGCCAUUGGCCUGUUAGUGUGGUCAAAAGGAAGGAGGAUGUGAAUUCACAUAUUCUGAAGAAUCUGGUGGAGACUUAUGCCCAUUUGAACGUAGACGAAGAGCCUGCGCCGGCUGAGGAUACCGAGUGA